CCUGACUCAAACUCAGGUAUAACUUUGUUUGUGUUUGGCCUUGUUUGUGCAGUAUAACAACUAAAAGAAACUAAACAGAAAUGAACAGAAAAGCACAUUACAGUGCUAAAACCCUCGGCUGGUGUAUCCCAACUCACUCAUCUCAGCUAAGGUUUCUAAUUCAUUCCUUUAGCACGUGCAAAUGUUGGCUAGGCGUUGUUGUUUCUAUGAGCUAAACCCUUAUUUAUGUCAAGCAAAGGACUAAACACCAUGUACAGGACGGAUGACCAAAGGCCGAAUUCUCAUUGUCAGCGACCAAACAGAGCUUCAUUGCAUCUGCGCUAAUCAAGUAUAAAUAUGGUCAUAUGGUCGCAUGUAUGGUUGCACGUCGGACGACUACUAUACCCUUAGCCCGGAUAUCCAGGCCUCAGGAUGUAUGGGUGACACUCAGUUUUUCUUCCGAAUUCGCUGCAGUGGUGUUGGGUGUGGUGGAUCACAAUCUGCCUACACAUUUGUACAGCCAGGAGUUCAACAGAACUUAGUGCCUGAUGGGGCUCAUUAUUAUGGAUUUUCAUACUUCCGACAAGUGAAAGAUAAGGGCAAUAAACGAGGAUAUUUUCAGAAAUCUGUAGUGCUCAUCACGAAGUUGCCGUACACAAAGUUGUUCUCCAAAGUGAUGGCAAUAAUUGCACCUGAGUACUUUGACAAUGGCGAAAUAUCUCUUGAAUCAGCGUGUCAUGACAUCGAACGGUGGCCAGCACCUCUUCCCAGUCACAACCUUAGUCUUCCCAUAAUGGGAAUAGUAGUCGAGGUGAGAAUUCCUGCAAAGAAUGAUAAACCAGCAAGUGUUGCUGCCAGUCCUCCGGGUGCUUCUGGGCCAGUUGUAUUACCAUCUGUACAUGAAACUGACAUGUACAGACUACUGUUUCCGGUCGUACCAUUCAUACAUUUAUUGUGGGAACUAGUUUUGACAAAUGAGCCGAUUGCAGUGAUGGCGUCAUCUCCCACUAUUUGCUCGGAAAUUGUUCAAGCUCUUGUGAACUCUAUCAUCCCUCUUUGCUAUUGUUCUGAUUACAGACCUUUCUUUACGAUUCAUGACAGCGAAUUUAAGGCAUACACUACUAAAACACAAGAACCUCCUCCGGUCAUUUUAGGAGUUACAAAUCCUUUCUUUAUUAAAGCAUUACAACAUUGGCCUCAUGUCCUGCGGUUGGGUGAGGGCGUUUAUGAUGGUAAAGGUAGGAAGGCCAGCAAGAGCAGUGGCAGCGGUUUUUAUUCUAAACCUAUGUACAAGCCUUACUUGAGUCGUGACAAGCUUCUUCUUCAGACGCUGUCUGGCAAGGAUACUGGACAGCGACGACCUUUAGAUGCACAGAAUGCGAUUCUUCGACGGCAUCUUCUUGAACUGACUCAUACGUUUAUGAUUCCUUUGGAAAGGUAUGUUGCCAGUCUAAUGCCAUUGCAGCGUCAUGUAUCUCCUUGGCGGGCUUUACCUGUGUUAAAACCAUUUGAUGCUGAGGCUUAUUUGAAGACUGUAGCUCAUGCAGGUCCUCAGUUGACAACAGGAUUGAAAGGUGAUUGGGUAGGUCUCUACAGACGGUUUAUGAAGUCACCUAAUUUUUAUGGUUGGUUGAGAAGUCGACAGUCUGAAGCUAAUGCAAAGCUGAGAGCUCUUUAUGUAGAUGGCAUUUGUAAAGCGGAUGUUUUGUUCUGGAUGAGAGACAAAACUGAGGUAGAAAUUGUGGAUUUCCUACUCAAAAUGAAGUCACUUCUUAAGUCAACAAGUCCUGAAUAUCCUUUAAGUAGCAAACAACAUCAGCAAUUGAUUAGUCAAAUGGAGGCCAUGGUAAAGCGGCUGCCAGAAGAUUUGAGAACUCUUCUAACUCGGUAGGCUACCAUUUCGUUUCUAGUCGUGGUACAAAUUGCAAUAUGUUCUUUUUUAAUUUUUUUUGUUUACUUUGUUAAUCUUCGUGAUUGGCAAUCUUUGGUACUAGUUAGUCAGCAAGGUAAUGUGCAGCAGUUUCUAGAAUGACCAUUGUAUGGUCUGGAGCUGGUGAUUUUAAUUCAUCAUUGACAGCAGAUUACUGAACGGUGUUCUUGGCAAUGAAUAGUUCUUUUGAGAGCUACCAUUU